UGCCAUAUACCUAGGUACAUUACUAUUUUUAACCACAGAGGUCUUUGGUGUUGGUACUGAUCAUAGUACACCAGAUCCAUCACACCUCCCCAACGUCCUAUCAUAGUUCGCUCAGAGGCGCCAUGUUUCGAUUCAAUUGUUGUCGAAGAGGGAGACGAGUGCUGUUAGUUGAGCGCAAAAGAAACGGCGUUGCAUCACAUUGCAGCCUCUGCUGCUCUAGGCACAUUUUGCCCUCCUCCUGUCAAUCUGCCUAGCUCGUAUGGAUGUCUUCUUACUGAAUGAAGCAGUCCGUGACUGAUUUAAACGAUGCCUAUUCCUCGAAGCUAAAAGCACCCAUCGUAAGGAUGUAGCGAGCAGGAGUACACAAGCAAGCUGCUCUGUGCUCAAGAGAUUAAUCCGCACAGCCGCAAGACAUGGACAGCUACGUUGACCUCCUAUUUUACGUAUUCAUCAUAAUCUUUGCCCUAGUAGCUAGACAGCAAAGCCAGACAACGUUGCGACAACCGCCCCGACUCAGUGAGACGAUCCCAUUUGUAUCGAAUGGUUGGCAGUUCCUGACGAACAAACGACUAUUCAUAAACCGAGUGAGAGAAGCUUUACGGACAAGCCCUGUGAUACGAUGCCGACUUGGCCCCACGAAUCUGUACAUCGUCGGCGGCGGCAGCAACGCGCCGGCCAUCUUUCAGUCAUCGUUUACGUCCGACCCGUGGAUCCUCCGUGUGCUCGAGCACACCGCUGGCUACUCGCCUACGGCCGCGGCGAAGUUUGCGGCCGAUGGGUCUGGCUGUGCUGCUUCACCCCGAACCGACAGCGGCAGCGGGCCCCCAGCUCCAGACAACAACAAGAAGCGCAUAUGGCACGCGAUGCGCCGCGCGCACGAGGAUGGCCUGCUCAGCAGCCGCUCAGUCUCCGUCUUCGCCGCGACGUUCCAGCUCUGCUUCGAUGAGCAGCUGGCCGCCUUCCAGAUCGGGGAGUGGCAUGGCGACGUGCGCGUGUUCGACUUCCUCAAGCGGAGCAUGGCGGCCGUGGCCACGCGUUCGGUGUGUGGCUCGCUGAUCCUGGAUGCGAAUCCCGGGUUCGUGGAGGCCUUCUGGGAGUACGCGAAGUUCGCCGAGGCGCCGGCCUUCGGGUCCCCCCGCUGGCUUCUGAACAGAAAGGCCGUGCCGGCCAGAGAGAGGUUCCGCGGCAUGUGUAGCGAGUGGUACAAGCUGGCAGAGGACGAGUUUGACUGGGAUGAUGGCAGCGCACAAAGGGAUGUAAGCUGGGAGCCUGUCUUCGGGUCGCGCAUCUCGAGGGGUUUGGCUCAAUGGGGGAAAUUGUUUGACUUUUCAGCCGAGAGCUUGGGCGCCGCUUAUGCCUUGCUUCUAUUUGGGCUCCACGCCAACACCAUUCCUAUCUGUGCGUGGGUGGUGAUGGAGAUAAUCAAAGAUCCCCAUCUACUCCACGCUGUCAGGAAAGAGAUAUCAGAAGUGAGGGUUACCGACGAUCCUGAUAAUACAACAGGCCUAGAUUACCGGCGACUGGCUUCUUUGCCAUUGCUACAGUCCGUCUACACCGAAGCUUUGCGCCUGUACGCGAGCAUCCUGAUCACACGAACUUCCACCGAAUCGGUGACGAUCGGAGGCUACGAGAUACCGAAAGGAUCCGUUUUCCAGGCUCCUACUGAGGUUGCUCAUUUGGACGAAGCUAUAUGGGGUACACCGGCCCAUCCUGCUUCAGAGUUCUGGGCCCACCGCCAUGUGCAGGAGGUCGAGACUGUAGAUCGUUCGGGCCAAAUCCAUACACGACUCGAGUUCUCCAUGGCGGGACGGGAAGGGUAUUUUUUCCCAUUCGGCGGAGGAAACAGUAUCUGUGCAGGCCAUAACUUUGCAAAGCCUGAGGUUCUGCUCACAGUGGCCAUGAUCAUCACCAGAUUCGAAAUCGAGUUCGUUGAAUGGCUUAAGCCGAAUGGUUCUCGUUCGAACCGUCCGGCGCAAGGCAACACGAAUUAUGCGAACGCUGUAGCAACUCCGCCUGAUAGGGAAAUGAGGGUUAAAUGGAGAAGAAUGUAGUAAGAAAAGAAGUCAAGUGCGAUGUGUGAGAGGAGGAGGAGGUUUCAGUUGGACGGCGUUUGGGGUCAAUAUUGUUUGAUCUUUCCUUAAGAUUUCAAAGCUAAGCUUUCUGGGGUAAUUUUAGCAGUAAGCAGUAACUACCUAGUACCUACUACCUAGGUAUUCAAUAAUUUCAAUUCCAUGUUAACUACAUAACUACAUAGAAUAAUAGAAUCAAG